GGCAGAGCAAUUAAAACAUGUUAAUCCGCUGGUCCACUAGGUGGCAGAAACCCUCUGUUGUUAUGGUUGAGUUCAACUAUACUAAGCUCAGAACAAGUUCAGGCGGGAAUGUGUCUCGGUUGGCCAUGUUGAGUGUGCGGCAUACUGUGUUCGCCAAUAAAGAAAUAAAGUUCCUUAAAUGUGUAACAAGAAGCCUCCGGGAGUUACUACAUAAAUGGCGACGAGGAUAAACUGAAGCCGAUGCCUCGUGGGGAUGCAACGGAUGCAAGCGAAACAGUAAGACUCUGUAAAGUUGCUACGUUAGCAUGAGCGGUUCCGACUCCGAGUCAGACGUUACCCCGAGAAUAAUCAUGGCGGCGGCCUUGGUAGGGAGCACCGCUCCGUUCGACAGUGAGACACAGACGUGGGAAGAAUAUUGUGAGGUUCUUCACCAUUUUUUUGAAGCUAACGAAAUCACAGAUGCAAGUCGGCAGAAAGCUAUAUUUCUCAGUUCGGUGGGAAGUCGAACGUACAGCCUCGUGAGGAACCUUGUCAGUCCCGCCAAACCGGGAGACAAGACGUUUGCCGACCUGGUCAAGAUUUUAAAGGAACAUUUCAACCCCAAACCCAGCGAGAUUGUGCAGCGGUUCAAGUUUAAUUCCAGACAGAGGAAGCUUGAGGAAACAGUAAUGGAAUACAUCGCCGUGUUAAGGAAGUUAGCACUGGACUGCAGCUAUGGAGACAAGUUGUCGGAGAUGCUACGCGACAGACUGGUUUGUGGGAUUGGAGAUGACCGCAUUCAGCGCCGACUGUUGUCAGAACCGGAUUUGACGUUUGAGAAAGCACUGAAGCUGGCACAAGCCAUUGAGACAGCCAGCAGGGAUGUUAAGGAUUUACAGUUGCUGGAGUCUACACCCUCACACAUGAGGGCACCUCUAGCAGUGCACAAAAUGUCUACAAAGAAGUUCCCCACUAAGCAGCAGCACCAGUAUAACGCUUGUUACAGAUGUGGAGGUGAGCAGCACAGGGCUGGGGAAUGUAGGUUUAUUAAGGAAACCUGUCAUAAGUGUGGUAAAAUUGGCCACAUUCAAAAAGUGUGUAGGUCGGGAGGCUCAGUUAGCGCUUCACAGGCUAGUGGGGGUGGAGUACCAACAGGGAAGUAUGGGAUAGCCCAGGGAACACAUUAUGUCAGCCAGGGGGAGGGCGACAUAGACGACGAUGAAGUCAUGUUCACACUGUACAAACUAGAUGACCUAGACGUACCAGCAGAGGAGCCGUUUAUACAGACAUUGACUGUUAAUGGGGAUAAACAGAAAUUUGAAAUGGACUCUGGGUGUGGGGUAACAGUAGUGAACCACUCGGUGUACAAAACCUUAUGGGGGAAGGAGGUGCCAGAGCUACGCUCAUGUAGAGUGAGGCUAAAAACAUACACAGGACAUAAGGUAAAUGUUGUGGGGGCAGCAGUGGUUAAAGUACAGCAUAAACAGCUAGUAGAGAACUUACCAUUGGUAGUGGUGGCAGGUUCAGGCCCCAGUCUAGUAGGCAGGUACUGGAUUAGGAGGCUAGGGUUACAGUGGAGACCAGAACCCCAGAUCCACCAUGUUCAGACAGAGACCCCAGAGAAGGCACAGUGGAGACCAGAGCCACAGAUACUCCAGGUUAAAGCGGAGACCUUGGAGGAGGUACUGGGGGAAUUUGGGGAGGUUUUCAAAGACGAACUAGGGAGAUUCAGAGGCCCCCCAGCAAAAAUAUACGUGGACAAGGAAGCAGCCCCCAGGUUUUUUAAAGCCAGACCCGUCCCAUACGCCAUGAAAGGGAGAGUUGAGGCUGAACUCGACCGUCUCCUUACAGAGAAGAUAAUUGAACCAGUAAAAUAUGCUGAGUGGGCAGCGCCAGUGGUCCCUGUGUUGAAACCAGAUGACACAGCAAGACUAUGCGGAGACUACAAACUGACAGUGAACCAGAUCUCAAAACUGGAGCAGUAUCCAAUUCCCAGAAUUGAGGACUUGUUUGCCAUCCUUUCAGGUGGAAAGAAAUUCACAAAGUUAGAUCUGAGUCACGCCUACCACCAGAUUCCAUUGGAUGAGGAAGCAAAAAAGUAUGUAACUAUAAAUACACACAAAGGCUUGUUCACAUACAAAGUGUUACCUUUUGGAGUUUCAUCAUGUCCGGCUAUUUUCCAACGUACCAUGGAGGGACUACUGCAGGGCAUCCCUCGUGUGGCAAUCUUCCUGGAUGACAUCCUGCUGACGGGAAAAGACGACAAAGAGCACCUGCAGACUCUGACCAUGGUGCUGAAACGGCUACAGGAGGCUGGUCUAAGGCUUAAGAGGACCAAGUGUGUGUUCAUGAGUGAGGAAGUGAUAUUUUUGGGUCACAGAGUGGAUGCAACAGGACUGCACCCAAUGCAUGAGAAGGUGGAAGCAAUCAAAGAGGCACCCUCACCUUCAAAUGUGACAGAGUUAAAGGCAUAUCUGGGACUUGUGAACUAUUACAACAAGUUCCUACCAAAUCUGUCUACCGUCCUUGCUCCGGUGCACAAACUGUUACAAAAAGACACAAAGUGGCAGUGGGGAGAUGCACAACAAGCAGCCUUUAACACAUCAAAAGACCUCAUGCAGUCAGCUCAGGUGCUUGUGCAUUACGAUCCAGAAAAGGACAUUGUGCUGUCAUGUGACGCGUCACCAUACGGGGUAGGUGCCGUUCUGUCACACCACAUGCCAGAUGGAACUGAAAGACCCAUUGGUUUUACCUCACGUACACUAAACACGGCAGAGAGGAACUACUCACAACUGGAUAAGGAAGGUCUGUCAGUGAUGUUUGGAAUACAGCGCUUCCACAAGUACAUUUAUGGACGGAGAUUCACUAUAGUGACAGAUCACAAGCCGCUGUUGUCACUUUUCAAUGAGAUGAAAGCAGUGCCACAAAUGGCCUCGUCCAGGAUCCAAAGGUGGGCUGUAACACUGAGGGCCUACGAAUACACAAUAGUUUAUAAGGAAGGGAAACAUCACAGCAAUGCUGACGCUCUCAGCCGCCUUCCUUUGCCAGAUACACCUAAAGUGGAGACGUCGGAAGAGAGGGUUCUCAUGCUGGAGAGCUCUGACAUCACGCUGGUGACAGCUGAUCAAGUGAAAGCAUGGACAGACAAAGAUCCAGUACUGUCGAGGGUGCGAGAAAUGGUUCACAACGGCUGGUCAGCAAAAGAUAGAGGGGAGGAGUUUGCCCCUUAUGAGGUGAGGAAACUUGAACUUAGUAUUCAAAAUGGUUGUGUGAUGUGGGGGUCGAGAGUGGUUGUGCCAAAACCAGGCCAAGGAAGCGUCAUGAGACAACUUCAUCAAUGCCACCCGGGAGUGUCCAGGAUGAAAGCAUUGGCUAGGAGUUACGUAUGGUGGCCGAAGCUGGACAAAGAGGUGGAGGAUACGGUAAAGGCCUGUACAACAUGUCAGGAACAUCGCAACGUCCCGGCACCAGCUCCGUUACACCCCUGGGAUUGGCCUGACAAGCCCUGGAGUCGUAUUCACGUGGAUUAUGCCGGACCGUUCAUGGGGAAAAUGUUUUUUGUGCUCAUAGAUGCACAUUCAAAAUGGAUGGACGUGUAUCCAGUGAACUCUGCCACUUCAGCCACCACAAUUGAGUGCCUGCGAACCAGUUUCAGUAACCAUGGACUGCCUGAGUUGUUGGUGUCUGAUAAUGGCACUUGUUUCAUCAGCGCAGAGUUCAACGUGUUUUUAAGUAAAAAUGGAAUCCGUCAUGUGACCUCUGCACCCUACCAUGCCUCCAGUAACGGGUUAGCAGAGAGAGGGGUACAAACAUUUAAGAGAAUGAUGAAAAAAUGUCCAGAAGGCCCGCUGACAGCUAAAGUAGCCAGAGUGUUAUUCAGCUACAGAGUGACACCUCACACUACAACAGGCCUUUCUCCAGCAGAGUUGCUUCUCGGGAGGAAACUACGUUGCACUUUGGAUUCCAUACACCCAGACCUAAACAAUAGAGUGCAGAAGAAACAGGAAAGACAAAUGAAAGAUCAUGACAAAAAGGCAAAAGAACGCUGGUUUAAAACAGGUGAUUCAGUGCUGACCCAGAACUUCAGUUUUGGACCCAGGUGGAUACCAGGAAUCAUUGAGUCAGUGACGGGACCAGUGUCAUACAAGGUGAUGUUGGGUGAUGGGAGAAUAGUGAGGAGACAUGUGGAUCAGAUCCAUGCUCACCACCAGAGACCAGGAAGUGGAAAUGAAAAACAACAAACUGUGUCAACUCAGCCCAACACAAAUGAUGAAGAAUGGCUGGAUACUGAGGAGGUUGCGCUCAGGGGUGACCAGUUGGAAGAGCCAGCAGCAUCAGCAGUUGUAGGAAGUUCAGACCAAAGUGCUGUGGCAAACCAACCUCCAGUGAGGAGACUGGCAAAAAGGGAGACUAAGUUGCCCAGUUAUCUUAAAGACUUCAAAUUGAACUGAGAGAACGAGACUCGUUGAUAAGUGGCCUUAAUAUGGACACCUAAUCAAACAGGACAAUAGCCUGAUGUUUGUGUUGUUAGAAUGUUCCUAAAAAUAAAUGUUUGUGUAACCUGCUUAAGGAGGGAGGGAUGUGAUAACUGGGCAGAGCAAUUAAAACAUGUUAAUCCGCUGGUCCACUAGGUGGCAGAAACCCUCUGUUGUUAUGGUUGAGUUCAACUAUACUAAGCUCAGAACAAGUUCAGGCGGGAAUGUGUCUCGGUUGGCCAUGUUGAGUGUGCGGCAUACUGUGUUCGCCAAUAAAGAAAUAAAGUUCCUUAAAUGUGUAACAAGAAGCCUCCGGGAGUUACUACAGCGUGUAAAAGCAUGGCGAGAAGGCAGAUGUAUUUGUCUAGAUCGCUAGACAGUGGUACCUGGGAUGGAAUACAUAGAUAUGCUUCAAUCCUCUACAGGUAGGUAAACAGAGAUACCGAAUCUUUAAUUCACAAUUAUCCACUGGCCAAAAGGUAAACAUUGAAUCCUAUGAAAUUGUCAAU